AUAACAGCAUAACACCCGCCUGGAAAAAAAAGAGAGAAAAAACUCCAACCAUCUCCAGAAAUCAGAAUAUCUGCCGUCAAUCCCAUUCUCCAUCCCCAGGUAAUUAAUGUUCCAAACGCUUCAAUGGAUACCCUUAUCUCCACUUCCGCUUAUCGUCUACCCAAAGCUUCACUAGCUCUACCUUCUUCCCAACGGCGACCAAAUCCCCUCAAUUUACCCAAACCUCCUUGCUGCACCCUCAGAGCCUGCCAUAUCCGGCCUGAAAAGCAGUCUUUAUCUCCGCCAAAAACAUGGAUUUCGCAUCUCCAUCAAGGAAUAGCUGCGGUUACCAUUUCUAUGGCUCUAAAUUUCGGCCCUGUUUUGCCGGCUGGUUCCGCGUUAGCAUCUGAAUUUGAUGUCCUCAAUGGAGGCCCUCCGAAAGAAUCUUAUGUUGUUGACGAUGCUGGGGUCCUUAGCCGGGUCACAAGAUCCGAUUUGAAGCAAUUGCUGUCAGAUUUGGAGUCGAGGAAAGGCUACCGAAUUAACUUCGUUACUGUCCGGAAGCUGACUAGCAAGGGCGAUGCAUUUGAGUAUGCUGACCAAGUUCUGGAGAAGUGGUAUCCCAGUGUUGAGGAAGGUAGCAAUAUAGGAUUAGUCGUGCUUGUUACAAGUCAAAAAGAAGGGGCUAUCACUGGUGGACCUGAAUUUGUGAAGGCUGUUGGUGACACUGUUCUUGAUGCUACUGUUUCAGAGAACCUCCCUGUCUUGGCAACUGAAGAGAAGUACAAUGAAGCAGUAUAUAGCACUGCCAAGCGUCUUGUUGCUGCCAUUGAUGGGCUUCCAGAUCCUGGUGGGCCAAAGUUCAAGGAGAACAAGCGAGAAUCUAACUUCAAAACCAAGGAAGAGACAGAAGAGAAAAGGGGGCAAUUUACGCUUGUGGUUGGUGGUCUGUUAGUGAUUGCUUUUGUUGUUCCAAUGGCUCAAUAUUAUGCAUAUGUAUCCAAGAAAUGAACUGUAAUCAUGGCUGUUCUUUACCCGAGGUCGAGGUUCUGUUAUCAUUUGACUUGAGGAAACUUGCUGUAUACAUUCAGUGUACAAACUGUAAUUUGUGAAAUAACUUGUUCAUUCAUACUCCCUACUAAUUUUAGAAUAAAAUUUGAAAUCUUGGCCGAUUUGAUAAACAGGUAUGCCUGUA